AUGGCGGACGGCAGCUACGUCGACGGGAGCUACUUCUUCUACGCCCCCAAUAAGGGCGCGCCCUUUUUCUUCGCGAUAGCGUUUGCCGCGUCUGGCAUCCUGCACUUUUGGCAAUGCUACCGCUACAAGUUCUUCAAGGUCACGGGUCUGUUUUCGUUCUGCUGCCUGCUCUUCACGGUGGGCUUUGCCUUCCGGAUAUAUGGCGCGUGGAACUACGAUAACCUGAACACCUUCAUCGUGACGGUUUGCCUGGUGUAUGCAGCCCCACCCCUCCUCGAGCUGGCAAACUACCACAUCCUCGGCCGCGUGCUCUACUACGUGCCCUACUGCUCGCCACUCCACCCGGGCCGCGUGCUGAGCACCUUUGCCUUCUUCUCGGCCAUCGUCGAGAGCCUGAACGGGUGGGGCGCGAGCUACAGCGCGAACCAGUCCCUCUCGGACGGGGAGAUGGCGACGGGCCACGCGCUCGUCAAGGCGAGCCUGCUGUUGCAGAUCUUUGUGAUUGCUUGCUUCGUCGUCCUGGCCGUCACGUUCCAGCGGCGCUGCGCGCGGGCCGGCGUCGCGGGCCGGCGCGGGGUCCAGGGCCCGCUGGUCACGCUGUACGUCAGCGUCGUGCUGAUCCUGACGCGGACGACGUACCGGAUCGUCGAGUACUUUGGCGUCGCGGAUCUGCGCUGGGACGCGGACGUGGACGUCGCCAAGGUGUCGCCGGCGAUCCGGUACGAGUGGUUCUUUUACGUGUUCGAGGCGAGCCUCAUGCUGGCCAACGUCGUCAUGUUCAACGUGCGGCACCCGCGCAGGUACCUGCCGGCCAAGUACACGGUGUACCUCGCCAAGGACGGGGUCACGGAGGUGGACGGGCCGGGGUGGAAGGACCCGCGGCCGUUUUGGGUGACGGUGGUGGAUCCGUUCGAUCUGGUUGGUGUGGCGCGCGGGCGGGAUCGCAAGUUGGACCGGUUUUGGGAGGCGGACGUUGGCGAGGCGGGAGGAGGGGAGGCGGGGCGCAAGGCAAGCAAGGGGAGCGAUGCCGUGUGA